AUGAAUUGGAUUUGCCGUUUCUCAAUCCGCAAAUCGCUAUCGCAGUCGCGAAAGUUCAUUCGUACGGUUGAUAAAUAUUUAAAACGCAACGCUCAUUUAUCUCAACCCGCCGUUAUCAGAGCUCUCCAAGACUGCCGUUUCCUCGCCGGUCUAACCAUGGAUUACCUCUUAACGUCGUUUCAAACAGUUAACGUCACGUCAGCGAAAUCAUCCUCCUCCAAAACGUUAUCGUUUCCAAAGGCUGAAGAUAUCCAAACGCUUCUUUCCGCAGCGUUAACGAACGAGCAGACGUGUCUGGAGGGACUCACAACCGCCGCUUCAUUUUCCGCCACGUGGACGGUAAGAAACGGCGUUGCAUUGCCUCUAGUCAACGACACGAAGCUCUUUAGUGUCUCACUCGCUCUCUUCACCAAAGGAUGGGUCCCAAAGAAGAAGAAACGAGCCGGGUUUGCUUGGGCUCACCCGAGAUCCGGAUCAUCCACCCACACUAAACCAUUCCGUCUGUUCCGUAACGGAGCUCUGCCGUUGAAAAUGACGGAACGAACGAAAGCCGUAUACGAAUCUCUAAGCAGGCGAAAACUCUCCGACGGCGAUGGAGACGACGGAAGCAUGGUGUUGAUAAGCGAUAUCGUCACCGUGAGUCAAGACGGAACCGGAAACUUUACCAAUAUCACGGCGGCGGUCGCGGCGUCUCCGAAUAACACCGACGGAAGCGGCGGGUUCUUCUUGAUUUACGUGACAGCGGGGAUCUACGAAGAAUACGUUUCAAUAGCAAAGAACAAAAAGUACAUGAUGAUGAUCGGCGACGGAAUUAAUCAGACGGUGGUCACAGGGAAUAGAAGCGUCGUCGACGGUUGGACAACUUUUAAUUCCGCCACCUUUGCUGUGACAGCACCAAACUUCGUUGCGGUUAACAUAACUUUCCGGAACACGGCCGGACCGGAGAAGCACCAGGCGGUUGCGUUACGGAGCGGUGCAGAUUUCUCAAUCUUCUAUAGUUGUAGUUUCGAGGCUUAUCAAGAUACGCUCUACGCACAUUCUCUAAGACAGUUUUAUAGAGAAUGCGAUGUCUACGGAACGGUAGAUUUUAUAUUCGGAAACGCGGCUGUAGUGUUUCAGAAUUGCAAUUUAUAUCCGAGAAAACCGAUGCCGAACCAGUUCAACGCAAUCACGGCACAAGGCCGGUCUGAUCCGAACCAAAACACCGGUACGUCGAUCCAUAACUGUACGAUUAAACCCGCGAAUGAUCUUGUUUCUAGUAACUACACCGUUAGAACGUAUUUGGGUCGACCGUGGAAGGAGUAUUCACGGACGGUUAUCAUGCAAUCGUACAUUGAUGGUUUUGUUGAACCGGUUGGUUGGAGAGAAUGGAACGGCGAUUUUGCAUUGAGUACGUUAUACUACGCGGAGUAUAACAAUACCGGACCUGGUUCAAACACUACAACUCGUGUUACAUGGCCCGGUUAUCACGUGGCUAAUUCUACUGAUGCAGCUAAUUUCACAGUCACUGGUUUGUUUCUUGAAGAUGAUUGGAUUUGGAAGACGGGAGUGCCUUACACCAGCGGUUUGAUUUCAUAAUAAUUUUUUUGUUGUUACUCUUGAUUAUUUCUUUUUAUUAAUUUAAUUUGAAGAAAGUGUA